AUGCAUCGACUAAAAGAAGAUACAACAGAAUCAGACAACUCUACAUCGGUAAUGAAUUGGUGUCAGAUAGAGGCCUCUAUUUUAGAAUCUGAUUUCACUGAAGAAGAGGUUCUGCAUGUUAUUAAUGAUUUAGCUAAUGACAUGGCCCCAGGUCCAGAUGGCUUCCCUAUUAUGUUCUUUCAGAAGUGUUGGCAUUUCAUCAAGGAAGACAUUAUGGGUACUGUGAAUGAAUUUUGCACUACAGGUACUAUCAAUCCUAAACAUAACUCUACUUUCAUUACGCUUGUACCAAAGAAGGACCACAUUGAAACUAUAAAAGAUUGUAGACCUAUUUGCCUUCUUACUAGCGUUUACAAAAUAAUUGCAAAAGUUCUAUCCACAAAGCUGAAACUUGUUAUGGAUAAACUUAUUUCGCCGGUACAAUGUGCAUAUAUUGAAGGCAGGCAAAUAACUGAUGGUACUUUGAUUGCUAAUGAAUUGGUAGAUUCUAGACUAAGGUAUGGUAAUGCUGGUAUUGUGUGCAAUAUUGAUCUUGAGAAGGUAAAUACUUCUAAAACCCGAACCAUUGCUGUUGGAGAUGUUCCUAACCUAGCUACUUGGGAGGAAGAAUUUGGUUGUUCAACUGAUUGUUUACCAUUUAUGUAUUUGGGGAUGCCACUUGGUGCAAAUUCUGGAUCAAAAAGAAUAUGGGAUCCAAUUUUAGAGAAGUUUGAUGCUAGAUUAUCUGUCUGGAGGAAGAUAUCUUUAUCUAGAGGAGGUAAACUUGGUCUUUUGAAAUGUAUAUUAUCUUCUUUACCCACUUAUUACUUUUCGUUAUUCAAGGCACCUAUUUCAUGUAUUAAUAUUCUAGAAAAGAAGAUGCGUAAUUUUUUGUGGGAAUAUAAGGAAGGUGCAAAGACCUCACACUUGGUUAACUGGGAUCUGGUUCGUGCAACUAAAGAAAAGGGUGGCCUUGGUGUUUGUGAUCUUAAGCUAAUGAAUUUAGCUUUAUUGGCUAAAUGGUGUUGGAGAUUUGGUGUCGAAAAGAAUAAACUUUGGUAUAAGAUAGUAGAAGACAAGUAUGGUACUGAUUUCUCUAAAUGGAUUCCCGGAAAUAUUACUGAAACAUAUGGAGUAUCCCGUUGGCGUGUGAUUGCUGGAACUGCAAGUUUAAUUAGUGAAAAUUCAACACUCUUUGUACAUUCAGGCAGUGCCAUUGCCUUCUGGAAUGACAUUUGGUGUGGACAACUUCCUCUUGCAUCUGUUUCACCCAAUCUAUACAAGUUAUCAACAAACAGAAAUGUUACGAUAGCCAACAUGAUAUCGUUGGAAGGGAAUUGGAAGUUUGAAUUCAAGCGUGUUCUCACAAACCAAGAGGUUGAAGAAUAUGCAAGCCUACUCACUAUUAUCGGAGACAAUCCUCCAAUUCAAGAUGCACUUCCAGACACGAGAAGGUAG